AUGGAGCCUGAAGCGUCAUAUCACGACGCAGACGAAGCUAACAUCAGCGGAAGUGAUGACAUCAGUAUAACUGAGUCGCGACCCAACGGCCGCUUGUCGGAAGUUCAGACCAUUCGCCCAGAGAACUACGAUCGCCGUCAAAGCACCCUGGGCGAGGUCGAGCUAGAGCGAAUCGAGACAUCGAGACUCCAACAUCGCUCAACCGUCGGUUCCGUUGCUGGAAUCACACCGCGCGAACAGUGGCUGCCACUCGGAGCGGGCAAGCCUCACCCUCCACCUCUUCCAGACCCGGAGCAAUACAUAGUGGAAUUCACUGAUGCGAACGAUCCCCUGCACCCUCAGAAUUGGUCAUUCGGGCGCAGACUGACCAUCUCAGUGGUCCUGGCGUAUACCACCUUUGUCUCUUCUUUUGCCAGUGCUAUAUAUUCCUCUGCGGUGCAGGAAAUCAGUGUGAACUUCCAUAUCAGCACGGAAGUUGCCAUUCUUGGAGUGACAUUGUAUGUUUUGGGCUUUGCCUCCGGGCCGACAGUAUGGGCACCGGCAAGUGAGCUCAUUGGGAGAAGAUGGCCAAUCUGUAUUGGCAUGUUUGGAUACUCGCUGUUCACGAUUGCGGCGGCGACCAGCAAAGACAUUCAGACCUUGAUGCUGACCCGAUUCUUUGCCGGCUUCUUCUCUGCUGCCCCGAUCGCCAUUGUCCCUGCUGUUUAUGCAGACAUAUAUAGUAACCAAACCCGCGGCGUGGCCAUUGCCAUGUUUGCCAUGGCUGUAUUCGUGGGACCUUUCGCGUCUCCAUUUACUGGAGGCUUCAUCACCAUGUCGCAUCUGGGUUGGAGGUGGACUAUGUAUAUUUCGUCCAUAAUGGGAUGGCUCGCCACAGGACUUUGUCUCCUUUUCUUGAAAGAGACCUAUGCUCCAGCGGUUCUCGUGGAAAAAGCGGCUACCCUGCGACGACAGACCCGUAAUUGGGGAAUCUGUGCUAGACAAGAACAGAUCGAGCUUGACUGGGGUGAACUGAUCACAAACAACUUCAGUCGGCCGUUCCGUAUGCUCUUCACUGAGCCAAUUGUUUUCUUGAUCUCUCUCUGGAUGAGCUUUGUAUAUGGCCUGAUGUACGCCCUCCUCGGUGCCUACCCUGUUGUAUUUCAAGGAAUCCACCAGAUGAACCUGGGUGUCGGAAGUCUUCCCUUCAUCGGAUUGAUCAUCGGCGAGUUUCUAGCCGGAGCAUAUAUCCUGUACGACCAAAAGGCGUAUACCAAAAAGUUGGCUGCCAACAACAACAUUCCCGUCCCGGAAUGGAGACUUCCACCCGCCAUAGUUGGGGGUAUUUUCUUCUGUGUUGGGCUCUUUUGGUAUGGCUGGACUGGAUGGACCAGGUCGAUCCAUUGGAUGGCGCCCACUGCCAGCGGAGUCGUGACUGGGUUUGGCAUCUAUGUGAUCUUCCUGCAGUGCUUCAACUACCUGAUCGACUCGUACUUGAUGUUUGCUGCAUCUGUGUUUGCCGCAAAUACUAUCAUUCGAUCAGCGGUUGGAGCUGCCUUCCCCUUGUUCUCCAAACAGAUGUUCAUCAACCUUGGUGUACAAUGGGCAGGCACACUCCUUGGAUGUUUGGCCCUUAUCAUGGUCCCGAUUCCCUUGGCCUUCAUUAAGUGGGGACCUGCUUUGCGCAAACGGUCUACUUUCGCUCCAAACCUCGACAUUCGCCCCCCAAAAGCGGAGAAAGGGCCGGCUGAAUCUGUCUAG